UUGACAUUUGGAGCUUUAAAAAACAAAUCAAGAGUGUAAACACUCCUGAUUGACAGUUCCACCUUUUGGGAUGUGUUCAGCACUGCAGUGUUUUGUGACCUAAUAGUUCAAAACUCGAGGGAAGUGUUUAAGAAAUAAUAUUUUAUUCUAGCAGUGAAAAACUGACUUCUUUGUAUCAAAUCUGUAUCCUUGUAAAUUUAGAAUGAAUCACCUGUGAUUGAUUACUUAUUUUGAGAGAGGGAAAGUAGGCUUUAAAAGCACAAUAGUGCUUGGAAGGAGAGAGAGGUAGAAUGUUUUCACAUAUUAAAAUAACUUCCCAAGUGAUUUCUAUUUUAUUUCUUCCCCAAUAGUUGAGCAGGCUCUGAUGUUCUUUACUCAGUAGUCCUGCAUAGCAGGAUCCCCUGUGCAGCAGGAAUUCAGGCUCCCUUGGAGAAGUAACUUUAGUUUGCUUUUGGAAAAGGAUUCGCAGCAUUAGAAUCCAAAAGAUUUAUACAAAAGGCAGUUGCAUUUUCCAUUCAGGCUCAGCGUGAGAAGCUGAAAAAUAGGGAGGAAAUCUGAAUUUUUCAGUGAAGUGUAGGUGGUACAGAAUGUCUGCUGUUGAUUUUGGGAAGCCUGUGAGUUUUUGAGCUGAAGUGUUUGAUGAUUUAAGACAGAAAUAUUGCUUUGUAUUCCAAGUCAGGAGGCCAAGCAGGUAAAUGGUGAGUGAGAAAGAAGUGGUGGGAGGUGAGGGAAAGCAGAGAAUCUAUCACAUAUCAUAACUCUUUUUUUUUUUUUUUUUUUUUUUUUUAAUAAACUGUCUUUAAAGUGACCUUGCAAUCUAAGAAGCUAACAAGCUCAGAAACAUUUAAAUCCCACUGGUCACCUAAUAUUUAUCACCAAAUUGUAUCUGCUCUCUGUGAUUAAAAAUGGUAAAGUUUCAUUAAAUGUGUAUUUAAAGACACUUGGGAAUUGUUUGCUGCAUGCCUGAAAUGAUACUUGGUACAGCUUUCAGUAUGCACACUUAGCUAAACUUCAAACAAAUACCAUGUAAAAGUUUAAGAAAACCUGUGUGUAUAAUCUGUAAUUUUAAUUUGUUAAUUCCAUGUAUUUAACUGUGUUUUUUCACUAUUUUUGUCUUACCUUCAUCUUUUUUUUUCUGUGUCAUUCUCUUCUUUUACUUCAUCUGAAUCCCUGAUUUUAUUUUAUUUUACCAUCUUCCCAUCUUGCUGUUUGUCCAACAGAACAACAAAACCUGCUCCUCAUCUAGAUGGUGUGCACGUUGUCUUUGGACUGGUUAUUUCUGGGUUUGAAGUCAUAGAACAGAUAGAAAAUCUCAAAACUGAUACUGCAAGCAGGCCCUACGCAGAUGUCCGAGUCAUUGACUGUGGGGUGCUGGUCACCAGGUCAGCUAAAGAUGCUCUGGAGAAGAAGAAGAAAGUUUGCUCUGACUCAGAAGCCUCUGAGUCCUCCUCCAGUACAUCCAGCUCUUCAGAAUCCUCAUCUGAGAGCGAGGCUGAGAAUGAAAGGAGCAGAAGGAGAAAGAGGAGAAGAAGAGCUAAAACCAAACAGUCCAGGAAGCGAAGGAAGGAGGAGAGGAAGAAAGAGGAUCCAAGGUGCAAGCGAACCUCAAGCCAAAGACGCAGCCUUUCUGACAAGAGCGAUGUCGCCGACAAAGUCGACCUCAGCACAAAGCGGGACAAGCCCGUGGAAGCUUCUUGAUGCUGCACCAGUUCUGACUGACCAGAAACCAUCAGUCUCUAAAUCUGGACGAAAAAUUAAAGGAAGAGGCACAAUACGCUAUCACACCCCGCCGCGCUCCCGCUCCUGCUCCGAGUCCGACGAGGAGGAGAGCAGCGAGACCCCUCCCCACUGGAAGGAGGAGAUGCAGAGGCUGCGCACCUACCGAGCGCCCAGCGGGGAGAAAUGGAGCAAAGGAGACAAGUUGAGUGAUCCCUGUACAAGCAGAUGGGAUGAGAGAAGUGCAUCCCGGAGAUCCAGGUCCUGGUCCCAUAAUGGUUAUGCUGAUCUAAGCACUGUGAGAUACUCUAGCCAUCACAAGAAGCACAGGAAAGAGAAGAAGAAGGUGAAGCAUAAAAAGAAAUCUAAAAGGCAGAAGCAUUUCAAGAAGCACAAGCAAACAAAGAGAAAGAAAACAUCAGCCUCCUCAGAUGUAGAAUCCUCUCAUUCUUUCCACAGGAGGACAAAAUCCUCUUGUGAUCGUGAGAGGAAAACUCGUUCUUCCUCAUUGUCUUCCAGGCGUUCAUCCAGGAGAGACUGGUCUAAAUCUGAUAAGGAAGACCAGAGCUUGUCAUCUUCAUCAAGCAGAGGGUCUCGAUCGUACUACAGGUCCAGAUCCAGGUCUAGAUCUAAAUCGAGAUCUUACUCCAGAAGAAGUUCUAGAUCAAGAUCAGCCUCUAAAUCAUCGCGAUCUCGAAGUAGGUCACGGUCAAGUUCUAACCCCAGGCAGCAAAAGACUGUUCCAAAUUCUCCACGAAAUAUUUCAGCGCGGUUAAAUGACGCCAAGCUGACCAAGACUGCUGAGCCUGUCCGAGCAGUGGUACUGCCCAGUGACAAGGUUAUUGUGCCACCAGUUGUCCCAGAAAACCUCCCUGUCAUACCCUUAAGUGACAGUCCCCCACCUUCAAGGUGGAAACCUGGGCAGAAGCCUUGGAAGCCAUCGUACGAGCGAAUUCAGGAGAUGAAAGCUAAAACAACCCACUUAAUUCCCACCCAAACUAAUUACAAUUUAGUGGUCGUUAAGGAGGCCAACACUUCUUCGUCCUACCGCAAGCAGGAGAGGAGCUCCGAGAGCGAUCGGAGCGGUUACUCCAAAGGCCGCAGUGACAGGAGCUCGGAGAGCUGGCCGAGGUCCAGGAGCAGAUCCUCUCGAAGCCGCUCAUACUCAAGAUCUUACUCAAGGUCUAGAAGCCCGUCGAGCUCGAGGACAAAAUCUCCUUCUUCUGGCAGGUCACCAUCCCCGAGUAAGUACCGCAGUGACAGGUCGGGGUACAGCGAGUCCACGUCCGACUAUUCCCUCAGCGAUGAGGACAGGCGCAGGAGCAAAAGGAAAUCCACAUCCAGUGAUCCCAAAGCUCGGGACCUCAAACUGAGGCAGGAAACGAGCUCUGAGAGCACUUUGCCUUACAAGCAUCCAAAGGACUAUGACGAGUCUUCCCAAGGGUUGAAGGAGAGUGACAGUUUGUCAUCCUCAGACUUCUCCUCCGACAGCGAGCGCUCUGCCAAAGCCAAAGCGGUCCAAGAAAAAGAAGGCCGCUUUCCAUCAGAAGGGGAUGCUGAGAAACAGGAUAAAAACAGCUUAAGUUCUGAGAGAGGGGAGGAGAAAGCCAAGGGUGAGCAGGAUUCUGAUCACUCUAAAAUGAAAGCAGCUAAGGAGAAAUGCUCGGAGCAGCCCAGAGGUGGUGCAAAAACGAAACGUAAAUCCUACUCAGGUAGCAAAUGGGACUCGGAGUCGAAUUCCGAAAGAGGAGAGGCAAAGCGUAACAGGGGAGACUCCAGACCCUCCUCUGGGAAAGAAGAAGGAGAGGCCACCUCAGGGUCUGACACGGAGCUUAACGUUACCAAAAGGAUAAAAAAACAGUCGAAUUCCUCAGAGGCUGUCUUGAGCUCUGACUGUGCAUGGAAGACAAGCAAACAGUUGUCAUCUUCUGAAUCUGAGAGUUCUUGUUCCAGCUCAGCAGACACUCGAGGCAAGUCAAAAAAACACAAACGUGGCUUGAAGAAGACUCCUAAAAAAUCACAUUCCAAAAAAGCAAAAGAAAAAUCGAAAGGCAAAAAGGAGAAAAAACACAAAGUUCAGAAAAGAAAAGAAAUGUUUCAUUGGCAGCCCCCCCUUGAGUUUGGGGAAGAAGAGGACGAUGAGAUAAAUGACAAGCCGGUUACCAAGGAUGAUAAAAAAGAAAAGCAGCUUAGCAGGGACAUAAAGGAUAAAAAACAAGUUUAUGAAAAGGAUGAAAUAGUCACAGAUAAAAUGGGAAAUGGUGAAAAGUCGUGUGCGAAUGAAAACCUUUUAGAUAAAACCACCACAUGUGGGGCCUCGCCAGAUCGCAGCAACCUUAAUAAAGAGCCCAUUGAAACAAGCACUUCAGCUGGUAUUUUAAACUCAGGAAUAAACGUGGCUGCCUGCAAGAGUGAGAUUAAACAAGCUGAAGAAAAUAACCAGAAUGGGCUGGAAGAUGUUAUUCAGACAGAUGACAACAUGGAGAUUUGUACUCCGGAUCGUAACUCGCCGGGGAAGGUGGAUGUGGAUGUUUUGUCUCCUAUCGUUCUCACUGCUAAACCUUUAAGUGCUGCUGUAAAAAAAGAGUUACAGGUUGAGACCCCUGAGCAAGAUGCUGUCAAACUGGGAAACAGCAUAAGAGACUUCAUUAAUAUUAAAGAAGAAAAAGAGACAGGAAGGCAAGAAAAUAUCUCUGCUCCUGUGUCUGGUGCUAAAGACUGUAGUUUUAAAAAUGAAAUUUCUGAAAAUACACCAAGCAAUAUGAUUGACAAUAAAUGGAAGCCUUUGCAAGGUGUUGGUAACUUAAAACCAGCAACAAUUAGUACAGCCACAGAGGUUAAAAAUGUAGUGUCAGUACCAGAGCCUAAACCAGCAGGUUUAAGAAUUGAAAUAAAAGCAAAAAAUAAAGUAAGGCCUGGGUCUCUUUUUGAUGAAGUGAGGAAAACAGCCCGGCUAAAUCGUCGGCCAAGGAACCAAGAAAGUUCCAGUGAGGAGGAAUCUCCAGGCAGAGAUGACAACAGCCCUUCCAGGAGUCUCAGCAGGUCACGAAGUAAAUCUGAGUCUAAAUCCAGACACAGAACAAGGUCCAUGUCCUACAGCCACUCGAGAAGUCGAUCCCGAAGUUCUACAUAUUCAUAUAGGUCCAGGAGCUAUUCGAGGAGCCGGAGCCGGGGCUGGUACAGCAGGGAUCGCUCGCGGAGCCGGAGCAGCUCCUACCACAGCUACAAGAGCCGCAGUCGGAGCUAUAGCAGGAGCCGAUCCAGGAGCAGUUCCUAUGGUCACCACAGUCGAUCCAGCAGGUCCUACACCUAUGACAGUUACUACAGCAGGAGUCGGAGCAGGAGCAAGAGGAGUGACAGCUACCGGAGAUCUCGGAGUUACGACCGGAGAUCCAGGUCCUACGGCUCCGACAGCGACAGCGAUCGCAGCUACUCCAACAACAGGAGCCCCAGUGAGAGCAGCAGAUACAGCUGAGAAUGUUCCUUUGAGGAUGGAAACUCUAUUCCAGAUUUUUUUCAGUGUUAUAGUCAAAAAAAACUUCUGACAGUGUCACAAGUGAAGGUUGUUUGCUGAAUUAGCUGAGACUUUCCUGUUUAACAGUGAACUCGACUCUCUGCUUACAGAGGGGAGGACUGAGCACGACAGCUGAUGUUAUUUUUUAUGUUUUUUAAUGUCAAAUGCAACUUUUACAAAAUAAUAAUUAAAAAACCCAGUUUGGUUUCCCUGAAUCAGCUUUUCCAAGCCAUGAAUGACACUUAGGUGAAUUGCUGCCACCACUUUUUGGGUGCAGCAGUCAGGACUGUCUUCAAGUCUGUUUAUAAACACCUUAGGAAAGAUGUGCUAGCAACUAUUAAACUGUGAAGUCAAUUUCUUAAAAAGGCUGCCAUUUCUAGUUGAUGAAAAUGCUUUUUUAUUGCUGGAAGCUGUUUCCAUGCUGUCUUGUUUGUUGAUUAUUUCAUUCUACACAGAAUAUAGGUGAGCAAAACAAAACCUGACACUCUGUCUUAAUCCCUCCUGAACUGUGAUGUUCUGGAAUUCUGCUGGCAAAGGUGAGCUGAUGCACAGGGGGAAUUGUCAAACUGACAAGCAGUGAGCAAAAGUGUGAUGAAUGAGUUUGGAGCUUAAUAUCCAACUUGUCUAAACUUCUUAUGUUUUAAAAGAGGAAUUUUGUGAUAAACAGCAAUGUCCUUCAGAGACUAAAAGAAGUGUUUCUGAACACUUCCUGAUUUUGAUUUCAGUUCCUAUUGCAGUGCUUGGCAUCCUUCAACACAUUUGGAAUGUUGUAAACCAUGAGUGUAUCAUGAGUUUGUCCAAAGCACUCUUUCAAAAAGUGACAUGAUGAUAAUUUUUUGAGAAAACCAGCCAUAAAGGUUCCUUUAUGAAACCUCCUUUAUAAUAGCUCUGUAUCCCAUUCACCACAGGGAAGAUCAGAUACUGGUAUUGCAGAUAUUGAAGUAUAUGUUGUUAAACUUUUCGUAGGACUACAGAAACACUGGGAUGCCUCAUAAAAAGCAUGGACAAUAUUUUCAAAGUAAAGUUUAGUACCAAAAAUUACUCUUGGGUUACAGGUAAAUGGUUUGCAAAAAAAAAAAAAUAGAUUCAAGCUGCAGACCAUUGAGUAAAUCUUACAAUAUCCUGAUUGAUUAGAAUAAUCUGUAAAGCUUUUUUGGUGGGUUUAGAAAGUUGUGUACUGAGAACCAGACUUUUUAAUGGCAUAAUGUAACUUGAAAAUUAAGGUCUGUAGUGACAAAACAACCGUGGUUUGAUUAGAGCUAACGAGCACUGUUGUACCAUAACAGUUUCCAUUAUUAACUUUCUGUAAUAUCUGCAGAUGCUUUCAUUUCCUCAUUUUCACAUACUGGAAAUGAUUUUUCUUAAUCUCAUCAGGACCCAGUAGCUUUGAAAAUUAAAAGUGGCAAUUUGUUGCUGAGGCAUCAAUUCCUUCUCUCUUUGAUUUGACUAAGUUCCCCCAAAUUCAAUGAUUUUUUUGGCACAAUUACGAAAUGCAAGUUCAGAGGGAGAUGGUGAUGAUUCCCUCCAUUUUCUGUCCACCCAUUCCUGAACCUGAAUUGGCCAUGGAGGUUUUUCACUUUCCUAGAGGUACCCAAAACUCUGCUCUUAGCCCUUUCCUACACUUAGAGUUUAGUGACAAAGUGUGUGCACGUAACCUUUCCACCCUUUGGUAAACUUCUUACACUUUUUAGCAUUAAGUACAUUUAAUAGCCAAGUCAGGAUACAUUUACAGAUGUGUUUCUAACAGCAGCAGCCAUCUCAGAGUCUUGGAAGAGUAUUUCAGUGAAAUUUGUUGUAGUUUCAUCAUUUUCAGUUCAACUGUAACUCUUUUCCCUUACUAAGAAAAUAGAAUUAGAGGGUUCACAAUGUUACAAAAUAUACAAAUAUAACCAUUACUGUUCAAUACCUGUUAGUGAAAAUAUUGCUCCAGGAUCAGAUUUUAAUCAUAUUUCAGAUCUGAUUUGGCUUUUUAAGGCCAGGAAAAGUUAACUAGAAAUACAGUCAAACAAUUAACUGUAAUUAUCAAAAAUUACUGCACUGUCACUCAAGUCUUUCAUAUCCUUAGUCAAAGGUUUGUAAAGAAAUUCCAUCAGGUAGAGAAUGG